UUCUUCUCUACAAUAGCGAAUUAGUUAUUUAUUGCCACAGUUUUCUCGAUUAAUGAUGUCCAAGGAAUAUUAUGAACUGAUCGUUAGUUUUAUAUUUCUUCUUGGUCAUUUUUGGUACAUGUUUUUUUGCAACUUAUAUUUAGGACAAAAAGUGAUUGAUCAUAGCAGCAAUGUCUUUUACAGAACAUACAACGUGCAAUGGUAUGUUGCUCCUUUGCGAGCGCAGAGGUUAUUAUUGCUUGUGAUGCAAAGAAGCAUGCGAUAUUGCACAAUCGUUAUUGAUGGAAUAUUUACUGUGUCACUAGAAGGAUUCGCCACGGUAAAAUUUCUGGGCUAA